UAUGCCAGUGUUAUUUUGAAUAACAAAUUGUUUUAGUAGAUUUUUUUUAUAAAUUGUGAUUAUUUUAUGAUACUUCACAAUUGAUCAAAAAAAUUUUCAUAAAAAAUACAAACAAUAGAUAUGUUUGAUAUCCAUUAGAGUGAAAAUUCGCUUUACGUUUCUUACAAAUAUAGAAAAAUGCCUUCUAAAGCAGAAGAUAUUCUCCAAGGUUUUAAAUUAAACUGGAUGAAUCUACGUGAUGCUGAUUCCGGUAAAGUUUUAUGGCAAGGAUCUGAAGAUUUGUCCAAACCAGAUGUGGAACAUGAAGCCCGUGUACCCAAAAAAAUCUUGCGUUGUCGAGCAGUGUCAAGGGAGAUUAAUUUUUCUUCUGUUGAACCAAUGGAAAAGUUUCGUCUGGAACAACGAGUUCUUUUUAAAGGGAGAUGCUUAGAAGAAUGGUUUUUUGACUUUGGUUUUGUGAUACCAAAUUCUACCAACACUUGGCAAUCUUUGAUUGAAGCUGCACCAGAAUCACAGAUGAUGCCUGCUAAUGUUCUAAAUGGAAAUGUGAUCAUUGAAACAAAGUUUUAUGAUGGUGAUCUUCUAGUCAGUACAUCUAAAGUACGGCUAUUUUAUGUCUAAAACAUUCUAUAUUACAUAAACAGCUGUUUUGAUUAGUUUUAUGCACCAGAUCAGUGUGUUCUUACAUGUGUACAUGUGGCUUAAAUAUCUCACUGGCAAUGCAAAUAUAAAUCAUUUGUGGCCUGAUGAUUUACUCACUCAGACUCUUUUUUUUGUUGUUGUUAUUGAUAUUGGCAACAUGACAUUGUUUCAUUUGAAACAAAAAAGGUGAAAUAUAUGAUAAUGUUGUGCAGGUAACUGUCAGAUCUUUUAUGUUUACCUUGCUUUAAACAUUAGACUAGUCAGUUUAACCCAAAGUGAUUCUUUGUUCUUAUUUAACUAAUCUUGUGAGCUUCUGUAUUGAUUGCCAUUUUCUGUGUUCAAUUGUUUACAAAAUUGGUCUGCAGAUGACUGUUGUGUCGUUAGUGAAUGCAAUACUUAAUUGCAGUUAUUAUGGUUUGGUAUUAAUUUUAAUAUUGUCAAAAUGUUUUGCCAAUGAUGAUCAAUUUUGUAUGAAAUGCAUCUGACUUAUAUUAAGAAUGAUAUUUGAAUCCCUUUUUUGUAAAGACUGAACUUGCUGGAGCAAGAUGUAUGUGCAUAAUAAUUUGUAUAUUAAUUGGGUUUUCUUAAUUUGGUUGAGUAAAGAAUAAUCACAUUGUGGCAGUCCUUAUUGAAAGGAAUUGCAUCUGGUAUCUUGAGAUUCUACUAAAUAGUGGCAAUAUAGUUUUGAUGUUUGUGAUGAAGCUUGUGUGGUUUGUAGGAUUUUAUGAACAAAAUCUUUUUGUUAAAAAAUGUUUUAUCUAAAAUUUAGCACUUAAAAUGUAAAAUUUCAUAAAUAUUUUUAAAUCAUAAAACAGUGAUUUUUAAUAGAGCUUUGAUUGUAGAUCAAAUGAAUAUUCAGCUUUGAAUUUUUUUGGCUUCAUGUGCUUGUGAAGGCAUUUUAUAGCAAAGUUAUCAGUUGUGCAAAUGCUUGUAAGAAAGAAUAACAAAUCACAUGCAAUGUUUUUUGCAUAAUUAUUCAAAAUUAAUUCUAAAAAUCUGUUAUUUCUUUUAUUGAUAAUAUUUUAGUUGGCUUCUGUGUUAAAUGAAAAACUAAGUUUAUAUAGUUUUUGCUUGAUUCGGAGUAAAAAAUUCUCUUCCAAAUAAAAGCAUUCAUUGAUUGUAUUAAUUUAAGAUGUUGUUAAAUUAUAAAUUAUGUAUGUAAAUACAAUGUCUUAUCACUUUAAUUUUAAAAUGUAUAUAAAUAGUGAGCAAUGAUAUUUCAAAUUCAGGUGAAAUAUUUCAAUUUAACAAUGCAUCUUAAAUCUUCAUGUCUUCUCUAAGUGAAAUUAAAGUGAGACGGCCUUACUAAAAUAAAAAGCAUGAGUUUUUGUAAAUUAAAUUAUAUUUUAAAUAAUUAAAUAUAUGCAUAUCAUUUGUAAAAGUAUCUGUUUGAAUGCAUCAUGUAUGAAUCACAUGCUAAAAUUUAAUUACAAACUUUUUGAGGGAAAAAAAAAAAUGUUUUGAGAAAAAAAAUGAUUUUUUUUUCCAAAGCAUUUUGGGUUAUUUCUGUAUAAACUAAUCCAUCUUUAUAAAUAGGAACAAUCAUAAUUGUUGUUUUACUAAUUGCUAUAACUUCUUUUUCAAUACUUACUUUUCAGUUUACUGAUAAUUUCUAAGGUUUUAUACUUUAAAAUGAAUAUGUUUAUGAAGAUUAAUGUGCAAAAAAGCUUCAAGCAAUUUCAUUAUUAGGGAACAAUUCUGAGUGUUUUCUUUAAUUAUGUCAGUUCAGAAAAGAAAAUUAAGGUUCAACCUAAAUAUUGAUAAAUAAUUUUCAAAGUGCAUUAAAUAUAUGAAUUAAUUAUAAAUAUAAUAUUGAAUGUAUUUCAUUGAAUUUAAUAAAACAUCUCAUACUUUUUGCAAGCUGUUAGAUAAAACUACCUUUAAUUGCUGUGAUAUAUGAUAAUUCCUCCAAAUGUCAUCCAUUAUUUGAUGAAAUGUCACAGUUUCAUAAAAUAUAUUUUAAUGAAUAUUUCCCCCAUAAUUCUUGAUAAUUUGUCAAAACAAAUUGUAAUCUAUGAGUCUUAUGCAUCUUCAAUUUUUGAUAAGACUGAAAAAGUUGAUUUUUAUCUUGUAAUCACAUUUUUAUGUGGGACAUAAAUACCUAAUUUUUAUGUCCUGAAAUUUGAAUUUUGAAAUGAAUAACUGACAUUAACUUGCUGGCCAGGGAAACUUUCAAGGAAAAUUCAAGUAACAAAAUGUGGUAAAGGGGAAUAUUUUACGGUUUCUUGGUAUUUUUUGCCCACAACCAAAAAUAUAGGUUCAUUUCUUUAAUUAAAUUUAAAAUAUAAACUUUCUCUCUUUAUUUAUUUUUUUAAGUUAAUUUUCUCUUCUACAUACAUAUUUAUCAGAUAUUAGUUAAAAAAAAACAAUACUAGUGAUACAUUGUAUGCAUUUUUUUUAAAGCUUUGGAAUACUCUUGUUAAUAUUCUCUCAUUUUCAAAUAUUCAUUACAAUUAGAUGUUUUAUAUGUAUGAAAUGUUUCUUUUUUACCUUAUUUUCCAAUGAACAUAUUUAUAAUUGGAUUGUUUCUUAACAGUCAAAAUUUUCUUUUUGCAUAGAAAUCACAGAAAAUACAUUGUUUCUUUUGUUAUCUACUAUACAUUGUAGUAUGUCUAAUAUCAAAUCUUCCAGAUUUUUUUUUUCUUCAAAAUUAUUCAAAAAUUAGUUGUUUUUUCCAAAGCAAUUUCUUUUUUUGUAAGUAAAGCAGUAAUAAGUACUGUGAUAAAAUAAAUGUAAUCAUGUUCAUUAUGAUGAAAUAAAUUUUUAAAUAAAAGGCAGAUUUUUGUUCAGUCAGCGAGAUGAUGAGAUUGAAAUUAAGUAGUUAUGUGCAUCUUCUUCAUGAUGUACAGAAACAAAUUUUAAUUUCUCUUCAUAUAUUUAAGUUUGAAAAAUAAAUUUGUUCUCUUUAAAAUAAAUUAGUGCAUGUAUAUCUCCACUAAUAUUUGAAUUUGAAUUUUGUUCCAUUUCUUGUGCUGUGAUACCAUUCAUACUGUUCAGAAAUUAGAUAUAUGUUAAAUUAUUUGUUUAUGUGAAUAUUAAUUCUUAAAAGAAUAUUAAACUGAUUCUCAUGUGUGAUGUACUUAAUAUGAAUGAUACUUGUUCGAAUCCAGCACUUUACAUCACAACACUAUGCUACACUCAUUCUAUUUAUAUAUUGACUAUAGAUGUACAUUUUGAUUUCAAAUUGCAAAUAUUUGCAAUCCUUGUUGCUGGCAAUGCACUAUAUAUUUUGUUCUCUGAAGAAUGUACCUUUUUGUUUAUUUUGCCUGAAUAUAUAUUUAUUUCUGUAUAUCAAUGUUCAUUAUGGAAUAAAAUUCACAUUCAAUUGUGA